GCUGUCUUCAUUCCCUCCGUCGCAUUGUCCAAAACCUUCAUAUUCGCUUCUUUCGGCAGCCUGUCAGAAUUGCGCGGCCGACGACCGACGAGCAGCCUCGGAGCCAGUGAGGCUGUACGUAGAUCGCGUGCUUGAUAACGUUGCGAGGUGGGGCUGCGGGUAUGGCAAUUUGAACGUGCUGCAGAGUGGGGGUCCAUACCUCUCUUCGUUCAAGAGGGCGACAUCACCAGGUUGAAAGGGGGAGGGCGCACCUGGUGAUUUCACUCGAGCUUCAACAACGACGUUUUAUAGAGGGGGCGACUCGAGACGAAACGAUACAGCGACUCCCCCGCAAGCCACGGAAACCUUCGACGACAGGCGCAAACGAAUCACACACCGUACCACUCUGCAGGGUCUGUCAAGCGGUCAGAGAUUGGGCCAUAACCGCGCAGAAACAGGACUGAGAUACCGGCAAGAUGGGUCUUUUAGCUUUGGGAACCCCUCUAGAUUGGCCAGAAGCGAAGAAGAACGCGGACCAUGUCCGGCAAUGGGGUGUGAAGCAACUGUUGGCGAUCUGGAAUCGGGCCAAGGGGAAAGAGAAGGAUGCUCUUCUCUGGGGCGAUGAAGUAGAAUAUUUGGUCGUUGACUACACGGACGAUGAUCCCAGAGUCACUCUGUCUUUACGCCAGGCAGAUAUUCUUCACGCUCUGGCCCACGAUGACAAACUCUGUGACGAAGGAGGUUGUGUGUCAGAUUUGCAGGUUGUUGGUAAAUCAAGUACGCUCCCCAUAUUCCACCCCGAAUUUGGUCGUUUCAUGCUGGAAGCAACCCCGGGAAAUCCAUGGGGGAUUGGAUUCAAAGAUUUACUUGAUGUAGAACUCAAUAUGAAAUUAAGGCGGAAGAUUGCCAAAGAGCAUAUGAACCCAGAAGAAUAUCCCAUAACUCUAACCACUUAUCCCCGACUGGGGAGUCCUGGCACUUUCACAAGUCCGUAUUAUCCUCCAUCAGGAGAGAAAUUGCGAUCCCAAUUUGUUCCCGACGAGAUUGCCAACCCACAUAUCCGUUUCCCCACUUUGGCAGCUAAUAUUCGAUCGAGGCGAGGUCGGAAAGUUCAGGUCAAUGUUCCUGUAUUCAAGGACAAGAAUACUCCAUGGCCAUGGAGGGACCCCACGGUGAACUACGAUUUGCAUAAGUGGGCAGAGGAUGACGAUGUCCGGAAUGGAGCUGCGCCAGACAACUUCAUCCAUAUGGACGCUAUGGCCUUCGGCAUGGGCAGUUGCUGCUUGCAGAUUACAUUUCAAGCCAAGAACAUCACCGAAGGUCGACAGAUGUAUGAUCAAUUAAGCCCAUUAGGACCCAUCCUUUUGGCCUUGACUGCGGCAACCCCUAUUUACAAAGGAUUUCUUGCAGAUACAGAUGUGAGGUGGAAUCAGAUCAGCGCUGCAGUCGAUGAUCGAACACCCGAAGAACUUGGAGAGACGCCCCUGAGGCAUAAUCGAUGGCGAAUUCCAAAAUCGCGUUAUGCACCAAACUCCACAUACAUCUCCGAAGACCCUCGGCUGCGAAAAGAAUACCUUGACCCACACCUAAUCACCGAUCCUGACGUCAAGCAACAGCUCAUGGACGGCGGCAUGGACGCUCUCCUCGCCACCCACUUCGCCCACCUCUUCAUCCGCGACCCUAUCGUCAUCUUCGCCGAAGAUCUCAAAGAAUUGGACCUCACAAAAACUGACCACUUCGAGAACCUGCAAUCGACAAAUUGGCAACACAUCCGCUUCAAGCCCCCUCCCGCUGGGAACGACAUCGGCUGGCGUGUGGAGUUCAGACCCAUGGAAAUCCAAGUCACAGACUUCGAAAAUGCAGCUUUCUCCGUCUUCAUUGUGCUCAUCACGCGCGCUAUCCUGUCCUUCGACUUGAACUUCUAUAUCCCGAUCCCGAAGACGGAUGAGAAUAUGCAGACGGCGCAUAAACGCGAUGCUGUGCUGAACGACAAGUUUUAUUUCAGGAAGAACCCUUUCCCAACCAGAUACCCCAGGCCGUAUUCCUCAAACGGAAUAGGUUCUGGGACUUCGACUCCGGUCCUCAGUCGGCCGCCUACGCCUACUGGGCCGGUGGAAGAUGAGUAUAUGUCAAUGACCAUCGACGAAGUUAUCAAUGGCGGAAAACCUGGCUCCGGAAACGACUUUCCCGGGUUGAUCCCAUUGGUCGAAUCGUACUUAGAUAGCAUGAACGUUGAUGUCGAGACCAGAUGCGAACUUGCUCGGUAUCUGAAGUUAAUUCGCAAGAGAGCGGAUGGGAGUCUUUGGACAGCUGCGAAGUGGAUCAGAGAGUUUGUGGCGGGUCAUGAGGAGUACAAACAUGAUAGUGUGGUAACGGAGGAGAUUAAUCAUGAUUUGAUUGGCAGUGUUCUUGGGAUUGAGAAUCCGGCGACGGGGAGAGGGAAGGGAAAGGAGGCAAGGAAUAUGGAGAAGUUCUUGGGCGAUUUCGCACCUUGUGUAAUUGGUGCUUAGAGUAGGGGUAUGGAAGAGAGUGUGGUUUUGCAUAGAUGGCAUUGCUUCGCUUGAGCUGCUGAUUUGCAGCGGUGGGCGGGAUGAUUGCAUCUGCGAUGCAUGACUCUUCUUGCGAGAUCGUCAAUAUAGAGCAUCGGUUCCUGUCCCUUUUCUCUAGUACUGGGAUAGAACAGCCUAGGGGAUUGAAUCUGGUUAUUGGGAAAUGUACUCACCGAAAGUAAAACGCCAAGCGAGACGAUGUGAGGGGGGGAACAUUCGCUUAAGCCUCAGGCACGAAUCUCGCUUAACUUUCGCGUUAAGGAGAUUUACCUUAUUUAGCCUUGCCCCCAAGCUUCUACGAGC